UGUUUAUAAGCGAAAUAAGCAAAAUUAUUAUCCAAAGAAAACUUACAAAAUUCGUUCGUCGUCAAAAAUCGUUUGAUAUUAAUUGCAAAACUGUUCAAAAAUCUACCGAAUCAGUGUAAUAAGCAUUUAACAUGAAGCUAGUGCGAUUUUUGAUGAAACUCAGUCACGAAACGGUGACGAUUGAGCUGAAGAAUGGUACCCAAGUGCACGGAACCAUCACCGGUGUAGACGUCGCAAUGAACACCCACCUGAAAGCAGUCAAAAUGACCAUUAAAAAUCGAGAUCCUGUUCAGCUGGAUUCGCUCAGUAUCCGUGGUAAUAACAUCCGGUACUACAUCCUGCCGGACAGUUUGCCCCUGGAAACGUUGCUAAUCGAUGAUGCUCCCAAGACGAGAGCAAAGAAGCGUGAAGCAAAUCGCGGUGGACAGCGAGGACGGGGCAGAGGAACGCGAGGUGGUCGUGGUGGCCCCCGUGGCGGACGCGGUGGCCCACGAGGUCGUGGCAGACGCUAAGUAUCGUAGAUCGUAAGAAUCACUUAUUCCCUCAAUCAUUGCUCUG